AUGGCAAAUGUUCCCAAACUUUCCCGAAGUCGCACUGAGCAGCAUGCGAGUCGGCCGAAAUCGCGCGCCUGCAGAUCCGGAAACUCGUCGAAUCGCUUGAUCCGGUCGAAAGUCUCAGGAUCUGACACUGACUCUGGCUCGUUAAGCCCAGCGACAAGCAAGAUGUCCGACACACAUUCCUUGAAACAUUCUGUGAGGCGACGUCGGAAGUCUUCCCAUCGGGAGUGUUUCAAAGUUCUAGCCGAUUAUGAAGAGCAGGUUGAAAGAAUUCUUGCCGAGAGAGAAGAAGGCAGAGCAGCUACUUCCCGGAUCAUUCAAGAGCUCCACACUGAGAAGGCUCGAGAGAUGUCCAACGUACACAAAGCUAAUGCCGAAAAGAACUCUGCAGUCGCUGAAGUUGAGCGGCUUAAGAAGGAGACUUCGUAG